UAGUUGUUGCUGGCGGAGGAGGUUCUGGGUUGGAGAGUGUGCACGCACCUUCGAACAUCACCUGCACGCUUUUGCUCUCAUGCUCUUUCUCCCGUCUCCUUCGAACUUUUUGUCGCUUCGCGACUCGAUUUAAACGAGUGAUCUGGAUUUUGCACUUACCCAUUUGGGAUUGUAGGAUUCUUGUAACUUACAAUGAUGCUUUAGAACCAAUAGAACAGCUCGAACUUAAUUGUGUGAGUGAUAUGAAAUCCGUAGUUGCAGUGCCAACCAUGUCAGUCAUGAAUGCAUAAAGGAAGUAUAUUUCAAUGGCUAAUCAACAUAUCUGUUGUAUUAUAGAAAAUGGAGUAUUAACGGAGUUAUCAUAAGGUAAAUCAACCACUAAAGGGUCUAAAUUUUGUGAAAUUGGUUAGUGUGUGCAAGUGGCAAAUUAUUUGCAUUGUGUUAUUUAUUUUGUGGAAUAGCAAAAAGAGAUCAGUCUCUGUGAGAUAAGUUCGCUUUGCUCGCCGUCCGGGUUCCAUGAGCCGUGCCCUCUGACGAGGACGUCGUUGAUGUUCCCUUACCGCAACGGAAGGGGCGGGGGCGGCGGUGGAGGGGGGAGCAUUGGAACUGAGAAUGGGAGUUCGUCCCGCGUCAGCGGGGUCGGUGUUGGUUCCAACCACAAGGGUUAUGGCAUUGGCACCAGAGACAUGGAUGUGGAUCGCAGGAAAGGUUGGUCGCGGGAUCCCAACGGCGGCUGGGUCAGGGACGGUACCGUUGGUGGAGGUUCAACCAGCAACUUGGCCAAUGCCAACAUAAGCAAUAACUUGAGCAAUAGCCUACGAAACCGCCGAUUGACCCACAACAACAGCAGCAGUAUUCCAAACCUCAACAGCAGCAGUAAUGGCUUCAGCAAUUUACCUUACGUCGGGUCGUCCCAGCGGGGGUCGUCGGCCAGUCCACGUGCACCCCAUAGCAAAGGCUUCUGGGUUCAAGAACCAGACGACUUCCACUCUCGCUGGGUCCCCACGGUCACGCCGGAGCCUGAUCCCAGUGGAACCCCUCUGACUUGGCCUCCUACGGGAGGAGGGAGUAACAGCAGCGGCAUGGGCACAGGCCAAGGGCGGGAUGGUUUCCGAGGGACUUGUGUCUCUCAGCCAUCCUCGCCCCACAAGGCAUCGAUCACUCCCCCUCCCCUAGGGAGCGCCUCGACUCUUCCUAAGGUAUAUAAGAGCCACGCCACCUGGGUACGUACAGCCGAUGACGAUCGUUGCGAUGCCUCCUCAUCCUCGCCAACGAAUGCCUGUAGCAGUCCCUCCGCCUUCUUGUCCUCAACCAACAACAACAACAACAACAACACAUCCUCCUCCUCCAACUCUCCUUCCUCAGGUCUAUCGUCACCUCAGAUGUCGGGGGAUUCCGGGGAGAGAGGGUCCGGGGGCGGCGGUGGUGGAGGAAGCGAAAAUGUUAUGGAUUUCCAGAACCGGCUCAAGAGAUUCCAGCCAUCAUCGCAAGACCAACUACAUCAACAGCAGCACAUGAGUAGCAGUAGCAGCACCAGUAGGAGUACUAGUAGCAGUAGCCAAUUAAAGAGAUCGCAGCAUACGUCUCACUCCCACUCCUCGACCAACUUAAGUGAAGUCAAGUCCUCCAGUACCAACUUAGGUCUAAGUGAACACAAGUCCUCGUCUUCAACUAUCAACAAGUCUAACUUAUCUGAACUUAAGUCGUCCAUGUCCGAAGUCAAAUCUAAUAUAAGUGAAAUGACGUCGCAAAGUAAUAGCGUCAACUACAACCGCUCGAUGUCGCUAGCGAGCAAUUCGGCUCUGCAGCAGAGCACCUCGGCCGCUAGCUUACAGGGCAGCGGUUUCAAUAAGCUCAAGGCCUCUGGUUUCAACAUGGGUUCCAUGGACGCCCUCAACGACGUCAUGCAAAUGGGUUCCACGGAACAGUUAGCCCUUCCCGACGUCGAGGGACCCGAAUUCGACCUGCAAAACGCCCUGGCAGCUCAACAGGACCAACUCAGUUCCUCCCCUCUGGCAUCGACAGGCGCUCUCACAAAUAGUAAUAGCAAUACCAAAGAGUUAAAGUUCCAGCAGAAGAAAGUUACCUCUUCGCAGACUACUAAGGUUGUGACCGAUAAAGAUAGUUACGAAUCAGCAUCCGGGCAGUCCUCAGAGUCCCGGAAAUUGCAGUCUGGAGAUGUCUCCUACGAAGAGUCCUCCAAGAAGGCUGCCACCAAAGCCAAACUCGAAGUGGACGGCGUCACUGCAGAGAAAGCGGCGGCGAUAUCACAGGAGGCGCGGCAGCUACGUGCAGGUGAUGUUACCCAUCGAGAAGGUUCCCAGGUGAAGGGCGCCACCAUGAGAGUUACAGGAGAAGGCUUUUCUGCUCACAGAUCAGCCGUCAGCGAGCAGCAACAGCGCCAGACCAAGACGCCGGCUGGGACAAUCAACCAGGAGUCGUCAAGACAGGCAGCCAAGUCCGGCCUAACUAUAAAAACUAAGGGAGUUUGCACUAAGCAAUCUUCAUCUAUGACAGCUUCUCAGACAAAUGUCAGUGUCACGGGUUUUGAUGAUUUAGAUCUCCUUAAUGCAAGCUCUCAACCUGUAGACAUACAGAACGCCAUCAUGCGUUACUCAGGAGUCAUGUCAUCAUUUGUGGAGCAAUUAAAGAACCUUUCAAUGUCUGAAACUUUGAAAGAUGCUCCCUCGCUCUUGGAAAAUAUUGAUGAAAUGCUAAGAAAAGCAUGGUCAGUUCCUGUACAUGGCCAUGAGCUUGGUUUUUCUCUCUGUAAUGUUUUGAGAACCAAUGGAGGAAUGAGUAUCCUUUUAGAUAACUGUAACUCGGAUGAUUCAGAUUUGAAGUUUUCUAGUGCCAAGGUUCUUGAACAGUGCCUCACCACAGAGAACAGAGGCUACGUAGUCGAAAAUGGCCUAAAAAGUAUUGUGAAUGUUGCCUGCUAUUGUACAAAAAAUGGGUCUUCUGUCGACAAAUCCAGAGUCGGCACCGGAAUUUUGGAACAUCUCUUCAAGCACAGUGAAGGCACAUGUUCAGACAUAAUCAAAAUGGGUGGAUUAGAUGCUGUUUUAUCCGAAUGUCGAAAAUCAGAUGUUGAGACACUGAGACAUUGUGCCGGGGCCCUUGCAAAUCUCUCUCUAUACGGUGGGUCUGAUAAUCAGCAGGAAAUGAUUCAGCGUAAAGUUCCGAUGUGGCUGUUCCCCUUAGCUUUCCACGUGGAUGAAAAUAUUAAAUACUACGCUUGCUUAGCUAUUGCCACCUUAGUAGCCAAUAAGGAGUUAGAAGCUGCUGUUUUGCAGUCAGGAACACUAAAUCUGGUUGAACCAUUUGUUACGAAUCAAUUACCAGACCAGUUUGCAAAUUCCACAGUAGCUCAUCGUCAUGGACAAAGUCAAAGCUGGCUGCAGAGAUUGCUCCCAGUUUUGAGCAGCAAAAGAGAAGAAGCUCGUAACUUGGCCGCAUUUCAUUUCUGUAUGGAAGCUGGUAUCAAAAAGAGACAAGGAAACCUUGAUAUUUUCAGGGAAAUUGGUGCUAUUGAACCUUUGAAGGAGGUGGCUAGUUCCCCUAACGCUAUUGCUAGUAAAUAUGCUGUACAAGCACUGCGUUUAAUAGGAGAGGAAGUUCCACAUAAAUUAAGUCAGCAAGUUCCGUUGUGGACCCCGGAAGAUGUUAGGGAAUGGGUUAAACAAAUUGGAUUUUCACAGUUUUGUGAUGCUUUUAUAGCAUCUAGAGUAGAUGGCGAUCUCCUCCUCCAGCUAACAGAAGAGAACCUGCGAGAAGACAUUGGCAUUAGAAAUGGCAUUUUACGGCAGAGAUUUCUGAGGGAGUUGAAAAAAUUGAAGAAUCUUGCCGACUAUUCUUCCUGUGAUUCAACAAAAAUGAAUGACUUUCUAGUAGAGAUGGACAGAGAGUUUGCCGAGUAUACCUACAGAAUGAUACGAGCUGGUGUUAAUAGAGACAUGUUGCGAUAUCUCAGUGAAGAACAGCUAAUCCACGAAUGCGGCAUUCUGAACUCCAUACAUAGGCAGAAAAUAAGGGAUUUUAUUGCAAAUGAUGGAGGACAAUUGCAGGAUGCCAAUUCUCUUGAUAAAAAUCUUGACAUAUUUAUUAGUUAUAGGAGAUCAAAUGGAUCUCAGUUAGCAAGUUUACUAAAAGUCCAUAUGCAGCUUAAGGAUUUCUCUGUAUUUAUUGAUGUAGAAAGGCUGGAAGCAGGGAAGUUUGACAAUAAUUUAUUAAAUUCAAUUCGACAAGCUAAGAACUUUUUGCUAGUUUUAACACCAAAUGCGCUAGAUAGAUGUCUUGGUGAUACAGAGUGCAAGGAUUGGGUUCACAGGGAAAUUGUAGCAGCUCUCCAAUCUGGCUGUAAUAUAAUUCCCAUUCUUGAUAAUUUUCAAUGGCCAGAACCAGAAGAACUUCCUGAAGAUAUGCGAGCAGUUUGUUAUUUUAAUGGUGUAAGAUGGAUACAUGAUUAUCAAGAUGCCUGUGUAGACAAAAUUGAAAGAUUUAUGCGUGGGGAAUGCAAUGUUAAAGGAGAAGGCCAGCUUGGUCGUUAUGUGGGUGGUAGUUUAGUAGGAGGAAUGGCAACUCCAGGCACACCUUCAACAUUACCAAGAGGCCCACCAAUUUAUCAGCGAACUACAAGCACAGAAAGUGGGAAAGGCUCUUCCUGUUCAGACAAAGAUUUUGCUAAAGACUGACGGGGCGACCCUGCAUUGGUUAAACAUAGAAGAAUAUAUGCCACAAGUAGCCCAAGAUCUGCUUCACCAUUGAGGUGGGGGGGUAGAGCAGCAAGUCCAGUACCACGGCUUCCAGUCCGUGGAGCAGGUGGACACAGGGGACUAGGGGCAGGAUCACCCCUUUUGCCACGUCCCAAUCGCCGAGCACUUUUACCUUCACGAUCUUUAAGUCUUGACACCGGUUUAGAUACAAACAGUGCUGCUGGUUCAGACUCUGAAAGUGCAACAGAUGUAGUGAACUCAUGCGAGCAGUACUUGCAACAGCAGCAGCCACCUAGACCACCUCCAUACCAACAAGUGGGGCCAGAAGCUCGUCCUCCAAGACGGAGAUUAAGUAGUAUACCGUGUGAGAGCAGUCCAAUAGCAGAAGAGGAAACUGUUGUUGAUGAAGAAACAAGUCGACCAGAGUCAAUGGACGAGACUUUAGGAGGGAGCAGAGAGGAUUCUUGCUAUUUUGAUCCUUCCUUACAGUCCUCUAGUGCCUCUUCUAGAAGGUCAUCUAUUGCUUCAGCUGAUGAGCUCCAAAGAAAAUCUUCAUUUGUCAAUAAAUGUAUGACACGUGUCCGAGGUUUUAUGAAAAAAUAAACAAAUUCUCACAAAUUGUACACUAGUUGAGUGAAAAUAUGGUGCUUGUGGUGUUAUUGCGAAGCACUCCAAGGCUAAGGUCACUUGGCCAAAAUGGCGACAGGACGCUUGGUUGACCAGUGCAGGGAAUUCUAAACCUGGAAUGCCAAGUGUUGGGACCACCUUUGAACUAGAUAUAACUAAGGUCACUCACUUGGCUAAGAUUAUCGUAUGUCUUAAGUGCAUUGUUGAGCAACCCCAUUGUACUGACCUAAUGCCAAAUUUGUGAAUCUGUGAAUAUUGUCACAAGUUUAAUGAUAGAGAAGAAAAAGUCUUAAAAUACUUCCGGUUUUAUUUUCUUUUUUCUAUAGAAAUCCUGCCAUUGAAAUUUUUAACUUGCUAAAUGCAGCAGCUGUUCAAAAAUAAUCACUAAAUAGUGAACUGAUACCAAACAUACUUUGUAAGCAUUUAGUUUUUCCAUGGUUUCCUUUGUCUAUUUUACUUGCACUUUUUCUUAAGUGCUAUUUUUUAAGAUAUGGAUUAAUGCCAUCAAUCAAUCAUUCUUGCAGUUCCUUUCUUUAUGUGCAGCAACUAUGGGCAACUUUGAUUUUCAGUAUAGGUUUUAGUAAAAAAGUAUAAAAAUUUUCCUGAAAUUAUUUAACUAAUGAAAUUUUUAAAAUUUUAUUAUACAAUUUAUAUAUAUAUAUAUAUAUUUUGUGUAUGGUAUAUAUGUUAUUAAUAUAUGCUUAUACACAGCUUUAUUUAUAUUUAUUAAUGACCACAUUGUUGACAAAGCUUAGUAAUGUGUAAUUAAACUAAAGAAUGUGAAGUCAUAAUUGAGAAUUACAAUUUCCCCUUAGUUUUAAGGUAUCGUUGUUAUCUCACCGUUGAUGGUCCAGAAUCAUAUUCAAAGAAUAUUUUUUUAGGGCCUCUGUAAUGUACAGUAUUGUAUGAUACUUUUAAAAAGUGAUGUUGCAGUUCUUCAUAGUCAUCUAAAAUACUAGUAGAAGCAAUUUUAAAAAACCUGAGUACAUUUUGUAAAAAUUAUUCCAUAUUGAAGAGUUCCAAAGAUUAGUCUCUUCAUUUACAGACAAUGUUAAAUUUCUGUAAAUGGCAUAGUCAUGGUGUUUAAGUUAAGGUACUGACUGUUUGGACAACACGAGAUUAUUUGUGUUGGCUUUACUGAAAAAGCCUGUUACACUUUAAUGAUGGUGAUCCCUAUCAAUUUUUUUCCUUGUACAUAGAGAUUGGCAACUAACGUGUAAGUUUGAGAAUUAUUAUUUUUACACGCAGUAGCCUGGAGCUUAAAUAAAUACUAUUUAAGUAAUUAA